UGAUUCUUGAUGUUUGAUUUAUAAAAUAAAACCCUGAAAAGCAGUUUAGCCACAAAUCAUCACAAAAUCGUAGAUUGGCCGACUAAUUUCAUCCGUCAAAAAUGAUUCACGUAAUAUGGGAUCUUAUGACGAUUGAAUUUGUUGUAGUAACGUGUAUAGCGAUACUGUUUGGGGUUUGGGUUGGAUUUUAUGCUGCUAAACCUAGAAGUCUGAAAGGGAAACAUGUCAUGAUUACUGGUGGUUCAAGUGGAAUAGGCAAGUAUUUAGCUAUUGAAUGCGCAAAGAACGGCGCCCAUAUAUCUUUAGUUUCAAGGAACCCAACCCUUCUUGAAGAAGCUAGAGUGGAAGUUUUGAAGUUCGCUUCUGUUGCUGAACAAAAAGUGUCCUGUUUUUCUGUUGAUGUUAGUGGACCAUAUGAUCAAAUUGAACGAACAGUACUUCAGGCAGAAGAAGAACUUGGGCCACUUUUUUUACUAGCAAACUGUGCAGGAUAUGCUAGAGCAGCACGCUUUGAAGACACUUCUGUUGAAGAAAUUAAGAGACUAAUGGCUGUAAACUACUUUGGGGCUGCCCAAUUUUCACAUGCAGUAAUCAGCGGAAUGAAAGGAAGAAGAGAAGGUGGCAUUGUUUUUGUCUCCUCCCAAGGUGGUUUGUGUGGUAUUUAUGGAUUUGCUGCUUAUGCGGCAUCAAAGUUUGCUCUACGCGGAUUAGCAGAAUCAUUGGCCAUGGAGUUGAAACCUUAUAAUCUAACGGUGACUGUUAGUUUUCCGCCGGAUACGGACACACCCGGAUUUGCUGAAGAAAAUAAAAACAAACCUGAAGAGACUCGCCUUAUUUCUGAAACUGCUGGCCUUUUUUCGCCUGAAACUGUUGCCAAAGUCUUGUUGGAUCACAGUCUAAAAGGAAAAUUUAUUAGCACCGUUGGAUUUGAAGGGUUUUUGCAGUCAGUUGUUUGCAUUGGAAUGGCACCCAUAACUUCGGUCUUCGAUUUACUAGUACAGAGUUUUACCAUGGGAAUAUUCCGUCUAAUAUCUUCGUUUUACCUGUUCAAAUUUGACCGAAUUGUUGUCAAGUGCAUGGAGAAUCGAGAUUUAAAGAAGCGCUCUCAAUGAUGAAGGGAGAAAAUAUUUUUUCGUCUCAUCAAGUUGGUAAACAUCCUUUUGUUCCAUUUACGGAUAGUCAUAGUCAACAGUCUUGUGAUUCGGUCGAAGGAUCACAUUCAUGUUUGGUAUUGGCACAAUGGUCUACAUUCCAUACAGAAUUGAAUUUCCUACUUCUAUAUCAAUAUCCCUUGCGAGAUAAAUUUAUAUGCAAGCUUAUUUGUUACCAUUUGUUUUCUAUUCUCAACGUGUGUAAUUUUCUAUAACAUUUACAAAUUUGAUACUUGGACUUCAAGGUCACAAAGGCAAAUAAAGGAAAGGAAAUUGA